GAUGCUGUCUCAGACAAUACUCUUGAAGAGCGGAAAGAUAUUGGUGAUAUUUUUAUUACAAAAUAUUUACAAAGUGUUUGAUGUGAUAUAAAUGUGGGACUUAGCCUCAGUUAGCGCCCUCAACCCCAAUGACUCGGCUUACGACAUGCCGCAAUCCCCCUCACCUCGUCUUCGCCAUUACAGGACAAUGACCGCAAUAUGUUUCGUUUGCAAUCUACCGAUACUGUCUCACCAAGUGGGACUGGUGUGGGCGGGAGGCAACGGCUGGGACGAGCUGACGCGCUCAACCCUCGAGGAGAACACCUUGCGGCAGAGGCUUGGCAGCAGGAGGGACUCGGCUGCGCAGGUCUCUUGCCUGUCGCCGCCAGAGCCCGACGUUUCAGACCAGCCGCGUGGUGGACCUCGUCGCCGCCGAUCAUCACUGGCUCAGCUGACAGAUAUUCUUCGCGAGUGGGGCGGAGGUGGCAGCGCGCCACGACGCCAGCGAGCCCCGCUCUCCCGACGAGAGACCUUAGCAGAUCUCGCCCGAUCCUUGCCCUGGGCGCGACACGAGCCGCCACCCCGACGCAGGCGCGACUCCUCUGCAGACUCUGGAAUAAAAUCCAUGGCCUCAAAGCGCAGAGAUUCCAAAGCUGCUCCCCAAGAUUUCCGCGCAGAGUUCCCAAACUACUGGGACCGUAAAGACUCCACCACAAUCAUGCCUUCCCGAGAACGACGCAUAAAGAGGCGUGGCUCCGGUGAUGAUAAUAAAGAGCGACGCGACUCAGUUGAUGGUGGUCAUCGUCAUCGACGUGAUUCCGUAGCUCAGCCGCCGCGAAUAGUAGCGACGCACAGAAAACGACGAGCUUCACCACCUACACCAGCUCCCCCUUCAUUCGUAGAUGCCUCGUCUGAUCCUGGGCCGUCUACUCAGCCACCGUGUGUAACCGUAGUAGCUAUUCACGAACCGAGUCGUUCGGAUGGAGAGUGUCAACCUACCAUGACUAUGCCGACUAUAAUAACAUCCGCAGUCACUCCAUCUCCUACGUCACCCACAAUACCUAGUGCGACACAGACUUCACAGUCUACUCAAGCUACACAAGCUACUACGACUACCACGCAAGUUCAAGUUACACCUAGUGGUCGGACACCGCCAAGUCUCGGAGGACGACGUGAUUCCACAACUCAAUGUGGACGCGCGAGACGAGAUUCGCGAGCAGCCGCUAGUCCGGAACGGAGGCUGGGAAGGUUACAACGUCAAGCUACAGCAUUUGAUGAUCCAAAUGGGCCACCUGGCCCGCGUCGUCGUGAUUCAGGGCCAUCAUUGGGGCCCGAUGAUGAAGGAAGAGCUAGAAGAGAUUCUUUAAGCCCGGAUUCUGCCGCUCGCCCGAGACGCGACCGCUCGCAAUUGAGCCCUGAUAGAGCUGGAGGUGGUGAAUUGAGUCCUUCAGCAGCUCGUCGUCGCGGUCGCUUGAGACGCCAAGCAUCAUGUGCCAGGGUAGGUCGAGCACGUAGCCCGGAGUCUAGUUCAUGUUCGAGCCGCGACCCUAGCCCGUGUGCGCGACCUCCAGAGAGGACAAUAAUCCGGCGACAAUCUACUACAGAAGAAAUAUUAAUAGCACGAGGUUUCCGCCGGCAGUCUACUACGGAGGAAAUGAUCCGCUGCCGCAAUUUCAGACGACAGAGCUCGCAAAGCGACGACGCUUGCAUGCGCGCUCGGGGAAGGCGCGAUUCUUCAACGCAGAUUUUGGACGGCACCAUUGGUACAAUGACAGUAGAGACAACAAGUACAUUUUUCGACUCCAGCACUCAAACUGAGCCAUCCCCACUGUACGACAACAACCACUACCAUGAGGAAUGUCUUCGCUGCAACUCCUGCGGGCUGAACCUCACGGGGCCGAAUCAGAAACGCGCACGCCGCUUCAAGAAUCAGAUCCUGUGCGACCUGCAUUUCGCGGACGUCGCGCUCAUGGAGUGCAGUGACUUCAUGCAGCAGCUGCGCAGUUUCAAACCCCAGUCGCUGGGCUGCGCCGUGGCCCGGCGCAAGUCCUCCACCACUUUGAUAUUCCCGCUCCCGCCUCAGGCUUGCUCAGAUGAGUUCUGCGAGGAGUACCCCCACAACCUGAUCCCGACUCCAGGCUACUGGAUCGAGUGCUCGCGCCAGAAGAUCACCACCGACACCAUCUGGGAUGAGUCGGAGUCGGAGCACGACAGCGGGCCAGACAGGGAAGACAAUGACCGUCAUCGCAGAUCAGGAUCUCUGGACGAAGCAGCUGAAGACAGCAGCGACAACGGCGGCAGCACGCCCAAGAAGAAGACCGCGAUAGAAGAGCAAUGGGAGCGCUCGGGCGGCUUCGAGCUCACCUCCGUGGAGCAAGAGACAUACGAAAAGUACUUCUACGGCACAGAACAUUGGAAUUACUUUACCAACGACGAGGAUCUCGGGCCUGUGAUCCUGUCCAUCAAACAAGAAACGCUCAAUGCUAGAGAUCAAUUCAGGAUCCUCGUCCGCGCGAUAAGCUACACGGUCCACGGUUUGAUUCCCGCGUCGUGCGUGUUCGCCGACCGGUACAACCGGGAGGAGGUGGUGCGCUCCCUGGGCAAGGAGGUCAACAUCAACCCGCCUCUGAUGCUGGGCCAGCUGCCUGACACGCCUGAGGAGCUGCUUAAGUUAGACCAGGUGUUCAUAAAAUCGGAGUUGAAGGUGGGCGUGAUCUACGUAAAGGAGAACCAGUACACGGAGGAAGAGAUUCUGGACAAUAAUGAAAAUUCGCCGAUGUUUGACGAGUUCCUUCAGGUCUUAGGGGAGAAGGUCCGGCUUAAAGGCUUCGACAAGUACAAAGGCGGCUUGGACACCGUCCACGACCUGACCGGCUUGUACUCGGUCUACACCAACUGGCGCGGCAUCGAGAUCAUGUUCCACGUGUCCACCCUCCUGCCGUACGAGAGGCACGACCCUCAGAAGCUGCAGAGGAAACGGCACAUAGGCAACGAUAUCGUAUGCGUUGUGUUCUUGGAGGCGGACAACACGGCGUUCUCGCCUGCGUGCAUCAAGAGUCACUUUUUGCACACCUUUAUAUUAGUACGAGUAUCAGCGAAGAUCAAAAGGAGGCCGACCAGGUAUGAGGUGUCGGUAGUGACAAGGGACGAAGUCGGCGCCUACAAGCCGUACCUUUGGGAACAGAGUGUGUUUGACAAAGGCCCCAUGUUCAGAGAAUGGCUCCUCACAAAAAUUGUGAAUGGCGAAAGAGCGUCAUAUUCGGCGCCAAAAUUCGCAAGAAUGCAAGAAAGAACGCGAAGCCAGAUGCUUGAAGACAUCGUGGCUAACUUGCAGAACCAUGCCGAAACUGGGCAGAUACCCAAACCUUACAGGAGAGGUUCCUGGCGUCCAAUAGGCCACAUGCGGCCGUCUUCGCCUCUCCUCGACUCAGUCCGGGACCAGUUCGAAGACUACGAUCAACUUGCGAAAGACUUUACCCGCGUGUUCUUAAACAAUGAACUGAAUAUAGCCCAAAACGCGCAGUUAUUUGAUGUCGUUUUUCUCGUUGGGCAAUCCAAGCAGAAGACUAAGUUUAUUGGCGUCAGAGCAAUAUUAGGAGUUAGAAGCAGGGUCUUCCAAGAGAUGCUGUAUGGCAUCCAAACUGGAUUUGGGUCCCCUCAAGUGCCAGUAGCAGAGUUGCUAGCAAGACCUGCACCAACGUUAUUAUCACCCACUCCAGCACGACAGAAGAGCAGUAAUUUCCUUCAAGUUCCAGACAUAGAAUCUCCAAGGCCAAAAAGCGUCCCAAGCUCCCCGAUGGUAAAGCGCGCGUUCUCACGCCUCGGCACCAUCACAGCAGGCUGGGGGCGCUCCAUCCGCAAGCAGCACUCGCAGCUCAACGCCGAGGACAAGAAGAAGUGGGCCAGCUCACAGGACUGUUCGAAUAAAGAGGGCAAAGAUAAAGAAAAAGACAAGAACGCGGCACUUGCAGUACCAAGACUGUCGGUAUGCGCAGACGCGCAAAAAGUGGACCGCGCCAAACUAGCGCAGACCGAGUUCUCCAUCAUCGAGUUCGACCCUGAAACGUUCCGCAUCCUCCUGGACUACCUGCACACGGGCAGCUGCCCGCUGACCUGUGCCUCCAUCCCGGGGCUGAUAUGCGCCGCGGAGCACUACGACCUGCCCGAGUUACUGCAAGCCUGCUUCCACCACGCCAAGCAGUUUCUUAGGAUAGAAGUUGUGUGCACCAUGCUCAUAUCUUUAGAAAACUACUACUGGCGAUACACGUCAGCAUCGGAACUGGUGAAUAUGAUCCUGGCCUUCAUCGAGCAGCGAGCGUACGCGCUAUUCCAGACGCCAGAGUUCCUCAACCUCUCGGAGUCCAUGGUUCAGAUGAUCAUGUGCCGAAACCUGGAAGUUCCCGAGGUGAGGAAGUUCGAAGCCAUGCUCAGCUGGGCCCGGAACAAAAUCAAAGCCAAAUCCGCUAAUAAGACUGAUGCCAAAAAUGAAUUUAAAUGCAUUAUGGAGAGGUUAGCCAGAGACCUCAAACUGUAUAGGAUCUCACCGCAGGAAUUGAUCAAAGUUGUCCUCCCGUCGAAGGCGAUCAAGAACGAGCGCAUCUUAGAGACGUUGAUGUACCAAGCGAACUCAGGAAUGUACAGGAUCCAGGACAGCUACCUGGAGGCCUGCCAGCAACGCUUACAGAAACAAGACUCGAGGUUCUCAGAAUUCGAAAGUUUUGACUACGGUAUUUAAACGAGGAGCUGUGAGGAAUAUCAGUGUAUUAGAUAGAUUAUGAAGAGUGUUUGGACUGGGUCCUUCUUAAAUUGUGGUAUGUUGACGCCUUCUAAAAGUAUUAUUGUUAUAGAUGUACUAAGUAGAGGUGCGAGAAAUAUUUGUACACUUCUCGGAUACCUAUUCCUUGUUGUUGUUCAUUGAUACCUAUAUUUUUUACAUCUAGCUAGAUGUGUUCAGUAUAAUCGUCUCUAUUUUUGGUACCAAAGAGUUGCGAAAUCAUACUUAGUUUGGCAACAGUUAGUUUUACACCAGGUACAAAAAUGCCCCCUUCUGUGAUCCAUCAGUGAUAAUGUAAUCUCAAAUUUAUUUUGUUAAAUUGACAAUCGGAAUAAAUGUAUUUUUAAUUCAGAGUUUCCAAUCACUGUAGUGCGUGUAUGUAAUUAAAUGUUCACUCACUAAACACUGUAAGGAUUUCUUAUUUGUUGUACUUCCCAAAAGAAAUGAAUAAAUGUUGUAAAGAUUAAAAAUCACCCUGAACUU